CCGCAAUGUGGUCGAGCGACGUAUUGUCGCCAGUAACAUGACCACAGCCUCUGCAGGUCGUGUACACGCUGAUCUUCGCCGCGAAUGUUCGGAAUUGGUCAUGAUGGCAAAUAAGUCUCUGGAGACGAGGCGUACUUAAGGAUGGUGCACUAUAGGUCAGCGCGAGUAAGCCAUCUCACCCCCUCCGCGCGAUAUCGAUGGACCUCCAUCGCGCCACAAGUCCGGGACGAGUCGGAGAUGGUGCGCCCGCCGUCCAGGAGCCCGCCGAAACCCCUCGCAGGGCGAGCGAGGGGUAUACGGCGAGCUCUCGGAUGCGAUCCGCAGCAGUCGCGUUCGCUAUGUUUUCAGCAACAUACUACUUGAACAUCCUCAUCUUAAUUGAUGUUGCUUUCGCGAUGCUCUAUGAACAAAGUUACGGUAGAUGGGAGCUGAUCCGUAUGUGGGAUGCCUUGCUGGUUGGGCAAUUCAUUGGUCAAAUCGUCUCUGGGAUAUCGUGCGACACCUUCGGAGAGGAGGUGUCGUUGUGCGCCUCGCUUGUUGUACUGUUUGUAGGAGCUGUGCUAUGCGCGGUUGCACGCGGUGUCCAAGCGUCGAUAAUUGCAUUCGAAGUCGUCGACAGCAUGGUCACCCACAAGGAACGAGCAUUCGUGUUACUGACCAACGGUGUCUUCAAUGCAGGAGGUCUGCUAGCGACCAUCAUCUUUCUAAUUGUACUCUCUGCGGCGCAACCCGGACAUCUGGCCACCGUCUGGCCGGUGUGUAUCGGGAUAGGGAUCGUUGUUCCAUUCGCGGCCAUCUCUUAUAGCAUUCUACGGGUCAUGGCGAGAAGGGGACGCGCAAUGAGAUAUAUGUCCAUGUACUCUUCCGAGUUCAAGCGACACUGGAUUACGAUGGCCCGCACUUGUCUCCUGUGGUACGAGAUCAUAGCUAUCACCGAGCUGGCACUGACCUUCAUUUCUGUAGGUUUGUAUAUGACUUUGUGAGUACAGAGCAGAUGUACGCAGCCUGUCAUGAUUGAUGCCGCUCGCGCAGGCCGUCUACCCGAAG